UACUACAUUAGACGUAUGGCUUCUUGCUAGCAGAUGGCGCAGGAAAUAAAGAUUUAGUAGGCCCAAAUCUGGAAGCGAGGUUAAAUCCCAGCAGCCAAACUCAAUGCGAGACUGUCAGUAACAGUACGGAGAAGCAAAGUCAGGUCGAGGUGUGUCCCGGCUUUAAACGGAGCGCAGGAGCCAUACGUCCUGCAACCUCAUCGACAGAUACUGUGAAACGCUAACAGCUAGCCGGUUAAAUAACAAGCUACGAUGCUUUCAAUCACAUCCUCUCUCAUCAGAAGCAGCCGUGUCGUCCAGUGCUCAACAAGGCUGAUCCACACUUCUCCUCUCGCCAAAAUGCCAAUUCAGGUAGGUGAACAUCUUCCAGCAGUGGAGGUCCAGGAGGGGGAGCCAGGAAACAAGGUGUCUAUGGAUCAGCUCUUCAAGGGGAAAAAGGGAGUCCUCUUUGCUGUACCGGGAGCUUUCACCCCUGGUUGUUCCAAGACUCACCUCCCAGGUUUUGUGCAGCAGGCCGAGGACUUGAGGGGUAAAGGUAUCCAAGAGGUUGCCUGCAUUUCUGUCAAUGAUGCAUUUGUCAUGGCUGCCUGGGGAAAGGAGCAUGGAGCAGAUGGCAAGGUUCGAAUGCUGGCUGAUCCUACUGGGGCAUUUACAAAGGCCGUUGACUUGUUACUUGACAAUGAUCAGAUUGUGCAGGUACUUGGGAACAAGCGAUCCAAGAGAUAUUCCAUGUUGGUGGAAGAUGGAGUCGUGAAGAAGAUCAACGUGGAGCCUGAUGGCACUGGGCUGACCUGCAGCCUUGCUUCCAGUAUUCUGUCUGAGCUGUAGGCUUUUUCAGAGCUUAUUGAACCAAACUACAAACCUUCAGUUACUGUAAAAGCUGCACUAACAAACCCCAAUACAAACCCGUUAAAGUUUCCUCCUCUUCUCAAAGAUGGAUGCAAAUGCCACAUGCAUACUAGUAUUAAAAACAGAGCUGGAAGGUACUUAAUGCGCACAACUAUGUGAUGAAUGACACUCCAAAGGACUGUACAUCAUCCUCUGUAUUCUGUUCCUUGAUAGUAAAUAAAAGUCACCCCGAAAGCAAUAA